AUGGAUGAUUUACAGCAAACAAGCAAGGCUGUUAUAGCAGCAGCUGCAGAAAUUAUAACUCUGAGACCAUACCGAAACGGAAGUCCAUUGAAGAUAAUGAGAAUCAAAGCAACAAGGGAAGGCACCGGAGAUAAGAAAGGAAGAAAGCGCCGUGCAAAGGGACACCUGCUAGAAGCUUUGAUUUCACAUCUUGGUCUCUCAGCCGAGGAAACAACAACAAUUCUCCGAAGCCUUGCUGCUAGACGAGAACUUCGUUUCAUGAAACAACGUGACUGUGGACUUACCAUCUCUCAAUGUGCGGCAUUGAUGCUCUACCUUCCUGUUACUGCCAGAGGCCUCGAACGGUUGCAGCGAUUCGUAAAAUGGGCUCUACCCAAUAGUCUUGGUCCAUCAUUUUUGCCAUCAUCAUUGAGAAAGAAUCUUGCCAAGUUUUCGAUGGACACAUUUGAUUUGAAGCUUGGAUUUGAGCUUGUUGCCCUGGAAAUUGGUGGAUCAACAAGAAAUCGAAGGUGCCUUCAUGUUUGGAUAAGGGAGCCUGCUGUUGCCAUCCAACGUCUUGUGCAGAGUGCAUUGGUAGCUGCAAAGUUUGAAAGAUCGCUUGUUUUCUCUAACCAUAUAGAUGAGCUUGUUGUUAUUCAGGGCUCAGACAGAGGUGGUGAUAUCACGGCUAAUCUUGUCAGAAUUGGCAAUCGAUCAGGUGGCAAUGCCUCUCAGCACUGUCUGCCUCUUUCUUUCUAUGAGUUAGGAAAAGAGAGUUAUUUCAAUCUUCGGCAGACUAUUUUUAAUCCACACAAACCAACACGCAAUUUCCUCAUCGGUCUGCUUGAAAAGAACUAUCACAUGAUCACUGUGACAAUCAGCAACGAAAGUGGAGCUGUUAUGGAUGCUCAGUGCUCGAUGCUUCGGUUUGUUGUUCCAAGUAUGAGCUCUGGUCACCGUAUCUCUUUGACCCGUCACCCCGAAGAUGAGACAGCCCCCAUUCGAGCUGAGAAUCAAGAAAGGGCAUUACCUCCAACCGUACAUAUCAUCGAUGCCACUGAUGAGGAAUCACUCAGAGGAAGUCACGAUAUUGCUUCACUCUCUAUUCAAAUGAUUGUUUCAAGUGCCGAGGAAGAUGAUGACAUUGUACACAGAGGUUUUAUUCUACGCAAUUGCUUGGGACGAAUUCUGUUAACCGAGUUCUUUUCGGAACAUCUUCUAGCGGCAACAGAAGACACUUUGAGCUUUAAUUGCUUGUUGGUUCGCGGCUUGACUUCAGAUGACAUCAAGUGCAACACAACUCUCAUGGGCCAAGGCACUGCGUCAGUCAUGCAUCCUUGCACAAUCUGUGUUGCUGGAAAGAAGGAAUUUGCCUCGUAUCUCACCAAACCCCAAGAUGAGCAACCGGCCAACAGAGCAGGCGACUUUGCCAAUCCAAAACUGUACGAAGACUUUGUGGAAGCGGCCAAAGGUAGAGUAGAUUGGGUUCGAAACAACUCCACAGGUCAGGCAAAGACAAUGAAACAGAAAUACUUGAGUGUGGUCUUUGAACCUUUACUCUACACGCCACCAGAGGCAAAUUCAUGCUCUGAUAUGCAUGUGUCAAGUGGCUUGCUUACUCAUUGCACUCAGCGAAUGUUGGUUCACUUGGCUGAAAUCGACAAGCUGACGGGAUGGUUGGAUGGUCUCACUGCUAAGUUGGACAAUGCAAGAGUUUUUAUAAAUGCAACGAAGUCAAGUUCAGAGAAACUACGAAAGCAAGAUACAAAGCUCGUGCAUGACAUCCAAGCUGCACAACUCAUGGGAUCGGCUCAAAUAUCGAAGCAACUCGAAGCAGAGCGAGAAAUACUUUCUUUGGAGUUGAUGGCUGUCACCAAGUCUCGUGAUGCCGCCAAACUCUUCAUUGAAAAAGGAAAUGACUUUGUGCAAGGAGUAGCCAAGAAGACAAAGUCUCGAAUUAUGGGGCCGGCAACUUAUGCAUUCAGAAAAGCUUACGAGGUUGAUGGAAGAGUCGCGUUUCGAGUUGAGAAUAGUGGUUUUGAGUUGUCGAAUGCUGAUGGAAUUCGCGUGCUUGAGAGAGCCGACAAGAUCAUCAAUCGAAUGCACAAAGUUUUCGCCAACAACCACAACCUAGUACAGUUGCAGAAAUCUGUCGACACGCUCAUGGAAAAGUUUGCUUUGAUGACAAAAUUGCUCUAUGGAAUGUCUGUGAUGAUGAAGAGCCAAAGAAAAUGGACAACAGAGGCGUGCGAUGAAUUUGAAUCAGCUGCACGACAAUACGGGGAGCAAUGGAUUGCUUUUACCACCACAGGAGAGGGUGGUUCGGAUGAGGCAACCAUAUUCAACAAAUUGCAUGUUUUAGUCACGCACCUUCCUCAAUUUGUCAGGCAGCAUGGGAUGCUUGGGAGAUGCUCCGAGGAAGGCUUCGAAUCCUCUCACAAAUGUAUUGAAUCAGUCCGAAAACCUUUAGCUUGUAUGACAUCUACAGAGGACAGAGCACACACAAUCUACCGCAGGACAAUGCUACAAUCAAGGCCUGAGAUUGAAAGAACAUUUGCAGGCAUCAAUGAAUGUUUCACGCAACAAAGAAGAGGACCUUAUCGAAACAAAGAUCGAUCCAAAAUGAAAACAGCUGAUGAAGCGCCUGCUGCCAAAGAGUUUGGGCAUAUCUCUCUACCCAAAGGAUUCACUCAAUCUAUCAAUGGUUAUGUCAUCAAAGAAGACUGGAAAGAAUGUUUUGAAUUUGUUUGUUUCAGUAGAGUGCCGGCAUACUGGACAAGUGUCUUCGCUGAGGAUGGAUCAUUGGGAUAUCACGUCAACAAAAAGGGAUGCAUUGGGCAGCAGCAUUGCAUGGACACAGUGGCACCAACACCCAAAAUUUCCGAGGCUCGCCCCAUUGUCGGGAAAAUUGUGGCCCUUUUGCUCCUCCAAUGGACCCAAACAAGCAAACUAGGAACUGUCAAGCAACAGAUGCUCUCUAGAGUGCUUCUAGUGGAAUCUUACAGUCUCUACAGUGAAGAUAACGACGUCAAUACAAUGGUUGGUUGACCUAUUACACCAUUUGGAGCCUCGGAAAGUUUCGAGUGGUAUAUAGCAAUAUUAUUGUGGUUACCAACUUUGCAAGCCAGCCAGCUAAUGUCCCUGUCACACACUUUUGAACCCAUGUGGAAUCUUGAAUUCGAAAGAAUGGACUGCCACGAAUUCGAAAGAACGAGUGUGCCUCGACCAUCUUUGGGGACUUCUUGUUUGAACCAAAUCCAUUAAAUCUAUUAUCAUACUAGCUAGAUCAGAAAAGGUGCCAAUUUCUAUUUUAAUAGCGUAACGUACCCUACCG